AUGACCAGAGACUGCGGACACGGUACAGGAGAUGACCAGAGACUGCAGACUUUUGGGAAGCGUAAGGGGAGGGGAAGCGGGUACCCGAAUUUGACAGGUACCCGCUCCCACUUCUGCGGAGUUGUCCUCCCUCUCCAUUUUCUGGGACACGUAACAGGUCCCAGAAGACUGCCAGACCAUUCACAAAGCGCAGUGCUUCUCGCGCAUGAGCAAUGGGCUAUGAAACCGCAAGCUGUCACAGCUGGGUGCCCACACUAAAGAUGCCGGCGUUAGGGAGAGAAGACGGUGAGGACCAAGGAACAAGUAGGACCGAGGAGCAGGU